UCGUAACGCGUAAUGUAAAGUUUAUUUGUGGACGGAGGGAGUAUUAUUUUAUAUUCAUCAUAUAUAAAUAUAUUUUUUUAUUCCCACCAUUUAGAUUUAGUUGUUCACUUAUCCUGACCUCUCAAACUUGAAAAAGAUGGGGAUUGACAAAAAAAGUCAUUGUAAUUGGUUUGUCCUCUUUAGUAGCCUGCAAUCUCAUUAGGGGCCUUUGGGUUCAGAAAGAGUGUAUUCCAGGGCAAGAAGACAUCUUAUCUUAGCUAGGGUUCUUACUUCCCUUGGGAAUUUUACUUGUCCACAAGCAAAGAAAUUACAGCAAAAUUAAAUACCUUAGAUGAUGAUCAAGUUUUGAGCCCCUCUUCCCAUGAUGAUGAUGAUCCUUCCUCCAAGCUUCUGCAUUUUCUUGCUCUGUUUCUCUUUUCUGUCUUCUUCUUCUUCUUCAUUAUUAUCUUCAUCAUCAUCAUCAUCAUCAUCAUCUUCUUCUUCUUCUAUUAUCAAUGCAAGCUUCAAUCUCAGCCUCCCGCAUCAACACCCCUACCCAGAAUUGGUAGCUCAAGAAGUUCAUAGGAGAGUGAACGAAUCGGUGUCGCGGCGAAGACUGCUGCCCGCGGAGAACGACCAAUGCCUCACCGGAAACCCGAUCGACGACUGCUGGCGGUGCGAUCCGAACUGGCAAAGCAACCGCCAGCGGCUGGCGGACUGCGGCAUCGGAUUCGGCCAGGGAGCGAUGGGCGGGAAAGGCGGGGCAAUCUACACGGUCACCGACUCGUCGGACCUGGACGCCGCGAACCCGAAGCAGGGGACUCUCCGGUACGGCGUGAUCCAGACGGAGCCGCUGUGGAUCGUGUUCGCCGGCGACAUGACGAUCGCGCUGAAACACGAGCUGAUCUUCAACAGCCACAAGACCGUCGACGGCCGCGGCGCCAACGUGCACAUCACCGGGAACGGCUGCAUCACGCUGCAGUACGUCACCAACGUCAUCAUCCACAACGUCCAGAUCUCCAACUGCCAGCCGUCGGGGAACACUCUGGUGCGGUCGAGCACAUCGCACGUGGGGUGGAGAGGCAGAUCGGACGGCGACGGAAUCUCCAUGUUCACGGCGAGGAACAUCUGGAUCGACCACUGCGCUCUGUCGAGCUGUACGGACGGGCUGAUCGACGCCAUAAUGGGGUCCACCGCCAUCACAAUCUCCAAUAGCUAUUUUUCCCACCACAACGAGGUUAUGCUCCUUGGCCACGUCGACACCUACCUCCCCGACUCCGGAAUGCAAGUGACGAUAGCGUUCAACCACUUCGGGGAAGGGUGUGUGCAGAGGAUGCCGAGGUGCAGAAGAGGAUACAUACAUGUCGUGAACAACGACUAUACCGAAUGGCAAAUGUAUGCCAUCGGAGGUAGCGCGAGGCCAACCAUCAACAGUCAGGGAAAUCGUUAUAUUGCGCCCAAUGACCCUAACGCCAAAGAGGUGACAAAGAGGGUGGAAACGGUGGAGACAGACUGGAGCGGGUGGAACUGGAGGACGGAGGGGGACAUGUUGGUGAACGGGGCAUUCUUCGUCCCCUCCGGCGACGACCUCAGCAACGAGUACACCAAGGCCUCGAGCUUCGAUUCCCAUUCUGCCCUUCUCAUUGACCAGCUCACCGCACACUCCGGGGUCAUCCCCUCAGUCCCCACCAGGGAGAGUAAAACGCCGCAAGCCUACGGUGGCGGGACAACCACCGGCGCAAACAGCAACGGCAACGCAAGUCCCACCGGCGGCCGUCGCGAUGACUUCCCGUUCAGCUUCCCGUUCGGCGGCGGUGCUUCGCCAUCCCCUCCUCCUACUAGAGCCACUCUUUUCUUGUUGUCUCUUCUUAUUAUUCUAUAUUUGUAGUUGUAAAUAGGAAAAAAGUGGACAGAAAAAAAGAGAGGAAAUUUUAGCAUGAAAGGAACCCAACUUUUUGUACAUAAUGGAAGGAUUGUUAUUGGAAUCACGAAAUUUUUACUCAAAAUUUAUUCAACGAGUAUAUGAUUAGAAAGAACUUGUAUGCAAUUAAAAACUAAUUCUUCUCUAUUUUCCUCAUUAUUUCAUAUAAUAAUAAAAAAAAAGGAUAAAUCCCUUCUCCGAGGGUCUUUCUCAGAAUCAGCCAGACGGUCACCAGAAAGUAGGUAAAUUGGACUUUAACCACGCAUUGUUGACAAACGAUAGAGCUUGCACCUGAUACAUGCAGAUGCCCGAUACAUAGUAUAAUCUCCGCCCAACACAAUUGCCAGAAAUCAAACUCGAAUGUUGCCCCUAAACUUAGUGACCUUACUAACUGUGCAAUGCCCACCGGUCAUUAUGGCAUAUAAUAAUAAUAAUAUAAGAAGAUGGCGGCUGCUAAUAUUCAUGGAUAGGAUAAGCCGGCACUCCAUGAAAAAGGUGUAUGUAUUCACUUUUCUUGUUUCCCAUUCACAUUAAUUUAAGAAAGAAGUGUGGAUUAAUAUAGAAUAAUUAGAGAGGAGGUUUUAAGAAAGAAGAGUGGAUUAAUACAGAAUAAUUAGGGAGGGAGGUAAUUCUAUAACUUCUUUUCUUCUUCAAACAUACUACCUAAAUUACAAAUUAUACCGUAUGUAAACCGGAAUAUACUUACUUUUAUGUAAGUCAAAUAAGCAUUACUUCCUCCGUCCCCGAAUACUUGUAUCUGUGCAUAUCCUUAGGGGUAUUUUCGGGAAUUCUCGAUAAUUCGUUCACCAAAUAAGUUAAGUAGACAAUUAAUUCUCGACGAGCAAAAAAAGAAGGAGAAAUGCGAACACAAAUAAACUGGGAUGAAGGGAGUAAUAAAAUUUUUUUUUUUUUCUGUUUCAAUAUCAUCAUUUUUAUAUGAACAUUAUAUUUUUGCAGCUUCAUAAAGAAAUCUUAUCUUAGCUAGGGCUGUUACUUCCAUUAGGAAUUUUACCUUUACCCAAGCAAAGAAGUUAUAGCCAAAUUAAAUACCUUAGAUGAUG